CUCUGUUUCCGGUUUCCUUUUGCUCCAAAAUGAAAAUUUUAUCUUGGAAUAUAAAUGGAGUCAGAGCAAGCAAAGUUUCCCUCAAGUUACUUUUUGACUCAUUAGAUGCAGAUAUAAUAUGUCUGCAAGAAACCAAAGUUACACGUGACAUGUUAGAUGAGCAGACUGCAGUGGUUGAGGGUUACAACUCCUAUUUCAGUUUCUCCAGGAAAAGAAGUGGCUAUUCGGGGGUGGCAAUAUAUUGUAAGGAAUCUGUUACUCCUGUGAGCGAAGAGGGACUUUCAGGGACGCUUACUACAGAUGCACAGGGAUCUGUUGGUUGCUAUGGUAAUCACCUCGACUUCAGUGCAGAGGAACUAAACUCACUGGACGCGGAGGGCAGAGCAGUAAUUACACAACACAGAAUCAGAAAAUCUGACGGCAGUGUGAAAGAGCUUGCGGUUAUUAACGUGUAUGUACCACGGGCUGCUGACAGUGAGGAAAGACAUCACUACAAACUGAAGUUCCUGGCCCUGCUACAAACACGUGCGGAGGCUCUGGUCGACAGUGGAAGUCAUGUCAUAGUUCUGGGAGAUAUCAACACAACUCACAAGAAGCAAGAUCACUGUGACCCUAACUGUGAGGAAUUUCUGCGUAAGCCCAGUCGACUGUGGGUAAAUCAGUUCCUGUGGGAGAAAGACCGAGAUCCCACUUUAACAGUAUGCGAAGACACUGAGCUAUACAUUGGAACCACACCCCACACAAAAGGUGGCCUGUUCGUCGACGCCUUUCGUUAUUUUUACCCAGACCAGGAGAACGCCUACACCAACUGGUGCACGCUUACUGCAGCCAGACAAACAAACUAUGGAAAACGUCUGGACUACAUAUUUGUCGACACCGAUCUCGCCAAUCAGUGUCUGGCAGACUGCACCAUCUUGGCAGAGGUUGAUGGUUCGGAUCACUGUCCUGUUGUUGUGGAAUUGUGUUGUCGUGGCGACCCAGCCGAGAAAUGUCCGCCCUCGUGUACAAAGUUUAUGCCUGAAUUUUCAGGAAAACAGCAAAAGUUAUCUUGUUAUUUUAAGAAGUUUCAAACAAAAGACAAAUCUGUCGAUGAUAAUAUUUCUGAUUCUCAAAAUACCAACAGCUCACAGGAAUCUGUGAAUUCACAAGCUGACACAGAAAAAGAGGAAAAUAAGUUAUCAUCUUCUUCGGGUUCUGAAGUAACUUGCAGUCCUAAUUUGAAAAAAAGAUCAUCAGAAGUUAGUAACAGAAGUCCACGUAAGAAGGCUAAGCUUAAUAAGAAGUCUGAUAGCAGUGCUAAACAAGGAAAUUUGAUGAAUUUUUUCCAAAAAAGUUCCAGUGCUAAAACCAUUUGUAAAUCCGAAAAGACGUGCAACCAAAAAGUUGAAAAAAACAAUAGUUUUUUUACGUCCAAAACAUCAGAAGCAGGUCUGCAGAAAAAUGACAAUAAAAGUUUUUCUUCUCAAUCUUCAGAAUCUAAAGACACAUCAGACUCGGUUGAAAAAUCAACGACAAUAUCACCUAGUCUUAAGGAGACCAAUUCCGACAUAACCAUGGUAACACUGCCUGUACCUGUACACAAAUCUGCUGCUCAGGCAUGGAAGGGUCUCCUCGGGGGCCCUGGAAAGGCUCCUCUUUGCAAAGGGCACAGGGAACCUUGUGUUUUGAGGACGGUAAAGAAAGAGGGGCCCAACAAGGGUAAACAGUUCUAUACUUGUGCCCGGGGAGAAGGACUCAAGUCAAACCCAGAGUCGAGGUGUGAUCAUUUUCAAUGGAUAGACAGAAAGAAAAGAUGACAACGUUUAAAAGACUAGAAAUAGUAGAGUGUGUGUUAAGGUUUAUGUGCCCAUGUGUGUUAGUAGGAUUUGACUCCUGGCUAGUGAAGGCUAGCGACUUCCUCAAAUAUUUGUUGAACAUUUUGUCUUCACAAGUGUAUAUAUGUAUGUACAUGGAGUGUAUGUGAUAGGGUUGGUUCAGAAUUAAUCAAAUAUGGGGGGUGGGGGAGUGGAGAUUUGCAGUAUCAUAAUUAUUAGUUUAUGCCUAGUAUAGUGAAUCUGCUGAAAUUGUUUUAAUAUAUGUAGUACACUUGUUGAUUUAAAUAUAAUUUUAUUUAGAAAUGCCAUCAGUAUCCUCUCCAACCCAAACGUUUUCCAAUCUGCAACAAAUAAUGGAUAAUAAAUAUAUUACCAUG